CCAUUCGACCGCGACGACGCCGAUCUUAUUCUUCGCUCCAGCGAUAAUGUAGACUUCCACGUCCACCGUAUCAUCCUCACCUUGGCCUCAUCCGUGUUUGCGGGCAUGUUCACCAUCCCUCAGCCGCCCGACGCCAACUCCGAACGACCCAUCGUAGACGUGUCUGAAGACAGCAAAACAAUCAACGCAUUGCUACGGAUCUGCUACCCCGAGCCAGAUCCUGAACUACCGUCUCUCGAUCUCAUUCACCGGGUUCUCGGGGCGGCUCUGAAAUACGAGAUGGGAGCGGCGAUCGUGUUAGUGAAGAACGCCAUGUUCCAGCCGCGCUUCACAGGCCUCCGUCCUCUCCAGGUGUUCGUCGUCGCAUGCCGCCUGAGACUAGAGGAUGAGGCGGCGAUCGCAGCACAAAACGCCGUCGACCUAGAUAGCGUUAACGGUCGGCUCUGCCCUGGAAUCGACGAUAUCUCCGCUGGUGCGUACUACCGUCUCCUAGAGCUCAGCCGCGCCCGGUCGCAG